AUGAGCACAGACUCUACCCUCUCAAGACCCCAUCUCCUCUCCAUCCCCCCGGAAAUCCGACAACAAAUCCUCCACCACGUCCUCUUCUCCCACAACUCCGCCCUCUCCACCAGCCCCGCCACAAACCGACUAUACACCUGGAUCGACCUCCGGCGCUUCUCCCAUGGCAAACCCGACGUGCUCACCUAUCGCGAACCCGCCAUCCUGUCCACCUGCCGCCUCAUCCGCCUCGAAGCGUCCCCCACCUACUACUCCCGCGUACAAUUCCGCUUCACCGAAGCCCAAACCUGCAUCCAAUGGCUCUCCCACCUGAACGCAGACAGCAGAAGUGAAAUUCAGGAUUUGGCGUACUGCCCGAAUUAUCUGACGUGGAUGGAUCCGAGACAUCCUCCCGAAAGAGCGGCGAUUCUGGGGCGGGAUUGGAGGGAUUUGUGCAAGACUUUUGAGCUGCUGGGUCUGGAUAUGCGGCGAGUGUUGCGAGUGUGUGGGUAUGGUGGUGGGAGUGUAGGUUGGGUUUUUGCUCAAGAUUACUUUGAUUUCGAGUAUGCGGAUGCUGAUGGCUUGUCGUCAGGAGGAGGAGCUGGAACGAGGAGGCGGUGA